AUGGCCCGCACGAAGCAGACAGCCCGCAAGUCCACCGGUGGCAAGGCGCCCCGCAAGCAGCUGGCCACCAAGGCAGCUGGCAGCGGCCCGCGCUGCCUGCUAGUAUCGACGGCGCUGUUCCCUGCGCCGCCUGCUGCCGCGCCUGCGCACAUCGGCGGCGCCGCAGGGGACGAGGCGCGUACCCCCGCUGCCGGCAUCGACCUGGGGAUGCUGCAGCAGCUGCUGCGCCAGCACCAGCGCGGCGCGGCAGGCAGUGCGCGGCCCACACAGGAGGCGGCCGCACGCAGCUCCCUCUACGUGUCUCCGCUGAGGCAUGUAUUUGUCGGUGCCAAGGUGCGCGACAAUCCUUCAGACGUCCAGGCCUACGCGUCACGCCUUUCAAACGAGGUUUCAUCUUCCCUCGGUGCAGCUGCCGCGCAGCUGCCGGCCCCCGCCAGCACCAGCGCCCCCGCUGCCCCGCUCGCCGCUGGCGUUGUCGCGGAGCUCGCGUCGCCGCGCAUGCCCACCCUUGUGCAGACGGUGGUGCUGCAGGGCUGCGCGCAGCUCGUGGGCUGGGCCGCCAGCGCACGACAACGGCCCGCGCGGGGCGAGCCGCUGCAGCCAGCCGCCAGCGCCUCCCCGAGGCCCGGGUGCGCGCGGCUCCUCGAGCAUUGCGUGAUCGACAACGUGCUGGCGGGCAGCGCGCUGCUGCGCGCCGCCGGCGCCGCGACGCUGCAGACCGGCAGCACCGUGGCGACGCUCGGCGGCGCGGCGCGCGCGCCGUCCCUCGCGCCGCUCUGCGCCCGCGCCGCUUGCGGAGGCGUCAACGGCUGCGACGAUCUCCCACUGCUUUACGCGUGGCCCUGCUGCCUGCCCAUCAUUGCGCCGGCCGACACCCCGCGCGGCGGUCCAGGCGGCGCAGGCGGCGCAGGCGGCGCAGGCGGUGGCGGCACCGCGGCGGCGCAGCCGCCCGUCAGCGUGGAGGUCUGGCUCGCGCCCGCCAGCGCCGCGGCCACGGCGGGCGUGCGGCGGCUGCAGGCGCGCGCGCUGCUGACGAGCAGCGCCGGCGUGCUGCUGGACGCGCCGCUGGAGCUUGAUGCCGCCCGCCCGUUUGCCAGGAUCAAGCUGCCCCCUGGCAUCCAGCUGCAGCAGGGUGCUUUCAAGCUGUGCAUCCUCUCAGGCACAACCCCGGCCACCGCCGCCGCCCCCGCCGCUCCCGUCGCCCACGCCGCUCCCGCUGUCCCCUCCGCGGCGGGUGCCGCCCCGUGUCCCUUGAUUCCGCCGGACCGCCCCAGCGUUCUUGAUGCGCCCGCCGGCGGCCCCAUCCCCGGCCGCGGGGCCUGGCGCGGCAGCGUCGUGCAUGACAGUCCGGGUGGCGCCGCGGGCGCGCGCGGCCACGCGUCGCGGCGCUGCAGCGGCGCGACAGCGUCUUCCCGCUACGGCGGCUUCCUUAGCGCCUUUGGGGGCGCCAACCCCGCGGCGCCCCGCCCAGAAGAGGGAGAGGACGGCGCCGCCAGUGCCGCCGCUCGUGCGGCGGGCGCGGCGGGGCUGCUGCCGCCCGACGGCUGCGUGCUCGCGUCGCUGCCGCUGUUCGUGCUGCCGGGUGCUGCCGCGGCCGAGCUGUCGGCGCUGCUGGACACUAUGGCCUCAGAGUUUGACGCCGAACACUCUCACGCAGGCGCCACCGCCGCCGCCGCCACGGCCACCGCGUCUGCGCCCGCUGCCAUGCACCCGUCCAAGCCCCCCGCCGGCGCGGCGCCGCCCGCCCCGUGCGGGCUGCUGCGCCGCCUGAGCCGCGGGGCCCUGGGGCCGCCGGCCUGGCUCAAGCGCGCUCUGGCCGCAGAGGCGGAGGCGUCGGAGGCGGGCCCCUCCGCCCGCGAGCCGCCGCCGGGGCCGCGGGCGGCGGCGUGGCGGGAGCACUGGCGGCCGCUGGCGGACGACCUGGGCUUCGUGGCCGCGCUGGCGGCCUGCGGCGGGGCGGGGGGGGGGAGGAGGCGGCUCAAUGUGUGA